AACGGUCGGUUGAGGGAAUUUGAAAACCUGAAAAUCUUUAAACACAAUAAAUAUCGAAUUUCAAUUAAUUAAAGAGUGAAAUAGCAUAACUGUUGGUCGAUUUUACAAUUAAAGUGCUAAAGGAUUGUUAAAUGUUAAAAUAAGCUUCAAAUAUGAGUGCUUUUGAGUUCAAAUUAACACCAACAAGACAACAAAAGGAGAGAAUUCGGAAUGAGGAUAAGGAGCCAACUUUGAUUGAUCUUCGUCCGUUCACUGGAAAAUCAAUUGUAACUUUCGAUGGCGUUCCUGUGUCUAAAACAGCUCAUCGAACCAUGAUUAUUUCCAAUUAUUUCGAUGAAGCUGUUAAAGUGAUGGUGACAAAAUGUCUCAAACCUGAAUUUAACGUUUCUCUUGAAUGGACUUCAAACACGAUCGCUCCUCAAUCACAAGUAAAUUUAGAUGUUUCCUGGACUCCUUUGAAAGUUGUUAGUUGUCGUGAAGUUCUUCAAAUAAGCGAUAUCCAUGGUAAUAAAAAAGAUGUUUCAUUCAUUUUAAAAUCAUUUGAGUUGAAGAAAACAAUGACACGAAAAAUUGCACCGAUGGGAUAUCAAAAGAAACUUAAACUUAAAACUCCUUCACCACCACGACAUUUUUUGCAACCGAAAUCCGGCAACACACAUAGUACUACUGAGUUUUCAGAAACACCACAAAGUAUGCCUUUGCCGCUCUCUUCCUUACAAUACACAAUCACAGUGCAUAAAAAUCAAGAAAAUGAAGAAAACUUUAAUCAGAUCAACAUUUCAUACAAAGUAAAAGCAGGUGAUAAAGAAAACGCUUCGCCAGUUAAGACACCAAACACUUUGGAGCUUAUAAGAAAUCUUCAUCUCAAUCCAACUCCGGAAGCAAACAAACCUUUGCAUUUAUUACCAACACCUGUUGGAACCACCAGAGAAGAUAUCAUUGUAAGCAGAAUGUUAUCUCGUCGUGCUCUUAUAAACGACGAAAAUCUCGCUGAUCCAUCGAAGACGUUCUUGCCAGACAUACGAAUUGAAGGAGCGAAAGAAAUUCAAAUCGAAGCCACUGAUGAAAUCAAUGAAAUCGAAAUAAUAUUUAAAGAAAAUCAAAACAUUUUAGGGAAAACUCAAACAAUUUCCACAUUAUGUGCCAUCGAUGAAGACGAACUUUUAACAACAGAUCGAAAUUUUCAAGAAACUUUUAAAGUCAAUAAAUCGGAAUCUUUGUUGCUUCUUGUUGAUGAUUCAGAUAAGAAAUCAGAAGAUCGCAUGUCGGAAUCGAUGCGUGAGACAAAUAGUGACGAUGUGACUCGACAAUUACGUACAAAUCAAGGAUCGAUGCCAAAUUUAAAUGAAAUGAAUUCUGUUCUUACGUGCAUUGAAGAUAAUCGAUAUUUCCGUCAACCAGAAUCUCAACAAUUUCAACAGAAUUUAUCGAUUGAAAGCACUGUCAGUCAUGCAGAUUUUCGUGAGAUUGAAAUUUGUGCACAAUCAUCACGUCUGAACUUAGAUGAUUCUGAUUUAAAUGCUGUCGCCCCAACACCAAUUAAAGAAUCGAAAGUUGAAAAGUCACCACGAAAAUAUGUCAAAGAAAUUUCAUCUCCAACCGUUAAACGUGUCAUGAAACAAGACUCGGAAUUCAAAAGUCCUUUGAAAGUCAUGCGAAUGAUUUUCUCACCACCAAGAAAUAAUUUGUCAACAAAUAUCAACGACAUUAUGCGUCGUGAGACUUUUGAUAUUGAAUCUCGAGGACGAAUGAUUCGAGCUACGACAUGGAAGCAAAAGCAAGCGCAACAAGUCUUUGCAGCACCUAAGACACCAAAGACUUUGAAUCUUCGACCAUCGUCAUCGCUUAUCUCACAGUCACUUCAUUCAUUAUCAUCGUUAAGUGUCGCAUCAGUCACCUCGACAUGCUCAAUGCCAGCAAACUUAACUUCUGGUCGUUUGUACAAUGAAAAUCAUGUAAAUGCAUACAACAACAACGAUCCAUUCUCAGCAACAACAACAAUCGAUCCAUUUCUGUCAUCAACAAUGUAUUUGGAAGAGCAAACAUUGGAUCGAAUUGAGAAAACUUACAUGAAGUGGUUGAAUGCACUUGUGACGAUUCCUCCAGAUCUUGAUUCAAGUGCUGAGAAAAUUGAUCUUGGAAAGCUUUUCACUGAUGCGCAAAAGAAAGAAUUGACGUUUGCUCCAACUAAAGAGAUGGUUUGUUCUCGUUAUUACACAUCGCGAUUGGAUUCAUUGCGUUCAGUAGCUGUGAAGUUCUUUCAUAGUGACACCAUUGCUGGACCAUUAAAUAAAGUUUUUGUUAUGAUGAAUGAUCCGAAGAAGUUGGGAAUAAGAACAGAACGUUGCAUUCAUCUUGAUUUGGUGCUUCAAAGAUCUUUACUGGAGUUGCUGCUUUGUUACAAUCCACUUUGGCUUCGAAUUGGUCUUGAAGUUGUCUUCAAUGUCCAACUUAAUCUCAAUUCAAAUCAAGAUAUUUAUGGAAUGAGUCGGUUUAUCAUCACAAACAUGUUCAAAUCGUCUUAUCUUGCUGAAAAGUAUUCAAAGUUUAGUCAACAAUCGGAGUAUCUUGAGAAACUUCGUAAACACACAGUUAAGAGUUUCUUGUUUAUUAUUUUCUUUCUUGAUCGCGCAAAAGAGCAUCGUUUAAUUAAGAAGAAUCCUUGUUUGUUUGUUAAAAGAGCAGAGUAUAAAGAAUCUUCAGAGAUUCUCAAGAAAUUCGCUUCACUUGUGCUGUCAAACUAUGGCGACAUCAUAAGAAUGUUAAAAAGAUUUGAUUAUGUUGUCACUCACAAGCAGACAGUUAUUGAUGAGUUUGAUUAUGCAUUUAAGAAUCUUGCUGUGGAUCUACGUGAUGGCGUUCGAUUGACAAAAGUCAUGGAAAUUAUUCUCAUGCGAGAUGAUUUGGUUCAAAAAGUUCGCGUUCCAGCAAUUUCGCGAUUACAAAAAGUUUACAAUGUGGAUUUGGCUUUGAAAGCGCUUGAAGCGGCUGAUUAUAAGAUUCUUGGCAAUAUAACAUCGAAGGAUAUUGCUGACGGACAUCGUGAGAAGACUUUGUCGCUUUUGUGGCAAAUUAUUUACAAAUUCCGUGCUCCACGAUUUAAUGCUGCUGCGAAGACAAUUCAGAAGUUUUGGAAAGCAAAAUAUCUUGAAAUUGUAAUAAAUCAAAGAAUUGAAGAAAAGAAGCAGCAACGAUAUCACAAUGCAGCGUUAACAAUUCAAAAACAUUUCCGUGCAUGGAGAGUUCGACGAUUGUUCAAAGCUCACAUUGAAAGAGUGAAACAUGCAACGAUUGUCAUUCAAAAAACUGUUCGCGGAUUUCUAGCCCGUCAACGAAUCAAACAACAAAUUCAAAAGAUUGUCGCAAUGCAACGAUGGUAUCGUCGACUUCGAGUAAUGUUUAAGUUGAGAAAACGUUUUGUUUUAAAACGACGUUCAGCUGUUGUCAUUCAGAAAUGGUGGCGACGACAGAAGUUAGCGAGACAAAUCAUCGCAUCAAGUGUCGUCAUAAAAGAAAUUCAACAUCAAGCAUUGGUUUGUCAUCAGUCUGCAGUUGUCAUCCAAAGAUCAAUAAAAUCUUUCUUUAUUCAUAAGAAAUUUCAUGCGAUUAUCGAGGGAAUUGUUGCAGGAAAUCAAAGAGUUCAACAAGAAAAUUCUGCAGCUACAAAGAUUCAAUCAAUGAUGAGAAUGAAAAGAGAACGAAGACAAUUUUUAUUCGUUAAGGAAAUGACGAUAACAAUUCAACGUUGGUGGCGAUUUAAAUGUGAAGGAAGAAAACAACAUGAAAACUUCUUGAAACUUAAAGAAAAGACAAUGAAAAUCCAGCAAUGGUAUCGUGGAGUGUUAACGAUGAGAAAGCAACAAGAAAAAUAUCGCAAAGAAAGAAUUUUAAUCAUUGCAGUUCAACGUCGUUUCCGCGCUAAUUUAUUGAUGAAGAAACAGCGAGAAGAAUUUCUUGCGAUGAAAUCUUCUGCCCUUGUCAUCCAACAGAAGUUGAGAGCGAUGUUUGCAAUGAGAAAACAAAGAAAUGACUUCCUGACACUCAAAUCAUGUGUCACUUCCAUUCAAAAUCGAUAUCGUGCAACAUUAAAGAUGAAAAUUGAUCGAAAAUCUUUCGUCAUGAUGAAGGAAAGUUCGAUAAAAAUUCAAAGAAAACUUCGUGCAACUCUUUUGGCAAGAAAAGUUCGCUUUGAUUACUUUGAAUUGCGUCUUGCUACGAUUUCUAUUCAACAACAUUAUCGUGCGAUUCUAGCAAUGCGUAAAGCACAAAAAUUAUUCGCAGAAAUGAAAGCAGCUGACACUUUAAUGAAGAAACAAAUUGUAAUGAAACUUGAAAAUCGAAUUCUUGCAAACAAACACAUGAAAGUUGAACGAGAGAAAUUUGUUGAACUUCGACAAACUGUGAUUAUCAUUCAACGGAAAUUCCGAUUAAAAUUGUUAGCAAGAAAGGAACGUCAAAGUUAUCAAACACUUCGAGUCACUGUCAUUAAAAUGCAAUCAAUUAUUCGCGGUCGUCACGCUCGUCAACGUUUCCAAGUAAUGAAAAAAGUUCACGGAAUGAAUUUAGCAGCAACAAAGAUUCAAUCAAUUGUCAGAAUGAAUCAACAACAAUCGCAAUACCUUAAAAUUAAACAUUCAAUUAUAAAAAUCCAGAAAUGGUGGCGAAAUAAUUGCGAAGCGAGAAAACAACAAGAAAACUUCUUACUCAUGAAAUUAAAUGCAAUUAAAAUUCAAAAAUGGUAUCGUGGAGUGUUAAAGAUGAGAGUUGAACGAAAUGAGUUCAUCAAGCAACGAGAAUUUAUAAUAAAAAUUCAACGCCAAUUUCGUGGUAAUUUAAUGAUGAAGAAGCAACGAAAUGAAUAUCAAAAACUGAAAUCGGCCACAAUUACAAUGCAAAGAAUUUAUCGAGCAACAAGUUUAAUGAAGAAACAAGAAUCUGAAUAUCUUAACAUCAGAUUAUCUGUCAUAACAAUUCAAAUUCGUUUUCGUGCCACUAUGAAAAUGAAAAUUGAACGAAAAAAGUUUUUGGAUUUGAAGAGAAGUUCAGUGACGAUCCAACGGAAGCUCCGCGCAACUCUUCAAGCAAGAAAAGCUCGUUGUGAGUUCCUUCAAAUGAAAUUAGCGACACUUUGUAUUCAAGAACGUUAUCGUGCUGUCUUAGCAAUGAGAAAAGCUCAAAAAUUACUGGCAGAAAUGAAAGCAGCUGACACGUUAAUGAAGAAACAAAUUGUGAUGAAACUUGGGGAUCGAUUUUUAGCAAGAAAACUUAUGAAAGUUCAACGAGAAAAGUUCUUGGAAUUGCGACAAAUUGUGAUCUUUAUUCAACGAAGAUUUCGAAUGAAGUUGUUAGCAAGACAUGAACAUCAAACUUUUACAACAAUUCGAGUCACUGUCGUUCACUUCCAAUCAAGAAUUCGCGGCUAUCAAGCUCGUCAACGUUUCGAAGAGUUAAAAACGCCUGAAAAUCUUGAAUUAAGAAAACGACACAAAGCUGCACGAUUAAUUCAAGCGUCAUGGCGUGGAUAUUACGUGAGACGAAAGGAGUGUAAUAAUUGCUUCAAGAAGAUUGUCAGUCGUUUAAUUAUAGCACGUAAUAAUGUCGAUCCAGCACAAACUUUGGCAGCUAAAUUGAAAACGUCUCUCGAAUCCCUUCGAAGCUAUGACUCAAAUCUUGCAAUUUCUCUUUUUGCUAAACUUGAAUACAUGUCAAGAAUUGUUCCAUGGAUUCUCGUCGAUGAUGCUGAAUUUAUUUCUGUUUAUUGUUAUGGAAUUAUGGCACAAGCAAUUCGUUCUGAAAUGGACAAACAGAUUAUCGAGUUGUGCAGUUGCAUCAUCCUGAAUCUUAGUCGAUAUAAAGAUACAAGGGAAAUUGCUUUUCAAGAAUAUCGUUUCAAGACCAUUGCACAGAUGUUGCUUCGUUGGUGUGACAAAGAUUGUGGAAUCUUCAACACACUUUGUACACUUGUUUGGGUGUUUGGUCAUUGCGAUCGAAAGAAAGAAAUUAUUCGAAGAUUUAUGAUGGUCGAUGGGGAAUUCAUUUUAUCACAAAUUAAACAAAAUGUUCUGCGUAAGGAAAAUAUGCGAAAGAAUUCACGACGUCCAAUUGGCUUUCAGUCAAUGUCGUUGGUUAAGUACAAGAAAGAUUAUUUGAUGCAGUUGAGAUAUCACCAUGAGAAGUCAGCUUACAGUUCAGGAUUUAUCACACCGGAGAUGCUUCGACAAUGUCACGAAAUUCCAUCACUUCAACCUGAUUACGGUGUCGUCAAGAAGACUCCUUACAUCUUUUAUUCCUCGGUUUUUGCAUUCGACAACGUUCUGAAAACGCUCAACAUAAGACAUGCAUAAAAACUCUUCAGCAUUCUUAGCAGAUUAUCUUAAAUUUUAUUUAUCUUCUAACAAUUAUUAAUUAUUCAGAUUAUUAUUCGAUUUCCUUUUCUGUUGUUGUCAUUAUCUUAUUUUUUUUGUCUUUUUUAUGAUGGUGAAAACAACUUUCUUAUGCCAAUAAACCGAAACGGAAAUAUUAAUGAAAA